AUGGGUGCGCAGAAGAAGAAGGCUAAGUUUGUGGCAAAGGGUCUGCUGCAGCAGAAGAUCAAACAGCGCAAUGCCAAGAAGAAAUUCCAGACCAUGAAGGACAAGAAGCGCAACCGCUUCGAGCGCAACAGUGACGCGCCUAGCAAAAAGAAGCCGCGCAACGCUGCAGCCGAUGGCGGCUCCGGAAAGAAAGAUGAGCCGGACAUGCUGGACGAGAUGGACGUAGACGACUUCCUGAACGCCGAUUUCCUCGACUCGGACAACGAGGAGAUCGACGACGAGGUGGUCGACGAUGCUGGCGAUGACGACAGCAAGGCCAAGGUCAAACUGGAGAAGGACGACGACGACAGCGCUGGCCGCACUGUCGUCACUAUGGCCAUCUUGCAGAAGGCCGAGAAGGAGUGCUUCGAGACCAAGUCGGUCUCUGGUUUGCGUCGUUUGAUGAAGAUCUUCAGUGACGCCUGUCGCUCCAGUGACGCUGCCGACUCCAGCAAGGAAGGCGAGAUCACGUUUGACGUGCAGAGCAGCGCCGUGUACAACCGUCUGAUGGUUAAUGUGUUCCGUCAGACCCACGAGACAUUAACCGCUCUGGUAGUACUCGAGUCUUCGUCCGAGGAAGACGCGAAGCUCAAAAUUGACGACAAGAAGUGGAAGAAACACUCGCUCGUGAUUCGUCGAUUCUUCAGCUGCGCCUGCUACCUACUUGAGCAAACCACGGGCCAGGACAUCCAGACGUUCGUGCUACGUGAGCUGGUGCACUACAUCCCGUUCGUCGUGCCGUGUCCCAAGACGUCGCGGCGGAUGCUCAAGGCGCUGCUCAAACUGUGGGCAAAGUCACUAAACGCCAAUGUGUGCAUUUCACGAACGAGGUGA